AUGAAUGCAACAGACAGCACAGCCGAUACAAAAGAAAUCACAAUAUUACAAAAUAUCGUUAUAGUCUAUGAGUCUAAGACCCCUAAGAUAAAAGAAAAUAAUGUUGACUAUUCAAUAAUUGAAUCAACGAACUCAGAGGAGCAACCGGAGAACCGAGAACCUGUGACUGAAACAAUAAAUUGUCCAACAACAAAUAGAAUUUCAGAAGGUGUAAACCUGUUUGAAACAUUUGAAACUAUAGACGACAACGAUCCUGAUUAUAUUCUUGAAAGUGAAAAUGAAGAGUCCAACAUGGGGGAGAUGGACAAAGAAGAAAUUACGAACUUCCACCAUCCAGAACAGUGUAAUAAAAUUACUCCACGACCAUUAAAGAAGCUUACUAAAAAAGAAGAAAGAGUUAAGCUAAAAAAUACAGGUGUUGAGUAUGUAAACAGUAAAGGGAGGACAAUGCCAAGCAAGAAAGUAUUGGGGAAUCCAUGUUUAGGAAAAAAAUAUCUUAAUAUGUGCAACAAGUUUACCGAUGAAGAACAGAUUGACAUUUACGAAAGACAAUGCUGUAGUCUACACAAGUUUAUUUUUGGAGGAACAAAACAAAUCUGUGCAGUUAACGAUUCAAGCAAAAGUAGGCUACUGCCAUGUUAUAAAGGGGAACUGCCAAUCGCCAAAAAUAAAUAUAAGAACUUAAAAUCUCUUUGUGACUCGCUAAUAAUUAGAAAAGAAUUUCAUCACGAAUACUUGUUACUGAAAACAAGUAAUACAGUAGCUGACGUCUUAGAAGAAACGGAUGAUGAAGAUGAAAUUUAA